UAUUUAUAAAGCCAUAUAGAAAGUACUAAUGCUGGCCAUAGUCAAAAUUUGUAAGGCAUUGCUUUACAUAAAUAAGGCUUCUUGGGUCAAAGAGGUUGUCUGUGAUUUCUGUCACCCCGAACUAUUGUUGACGUAUUGAUACAGUAAUCAUGCACUCUGAGUGAAUAGGUUAUAUGCUAUAAUUCAUUAUUGUUAUUCAAAUACUUGGGUAGUUAAGAAUUUCUGAUGAUCUGGCUCACUAUGGAAGAACUUGGAGCCUCCUCAUGUAAGGCAUACUCCAACAGGCACGCCUUUUAAUUCUAAUCCAGGACCAGUGGCCCUGAACUUUCUCUAUUUCAUGCACUUAACCCUCCCUCCAGGGUGACUUUGAUAGUGCCUUCUGGUGGAAUUCUGAUCUCUGUGUGUGUCCCUGGGUCCUCCUCCCCAGGAAUAAGACUUCUCACUCUUCGGAGUGAUUCUGUGUGACUCUUCUGGUGAUGCCCCUUCCUGUCCUGGGUGGCUUGGAACCCUCCUCCUUUUGAAAUCCAGUCCAAAUCCUCACCUUCUUUGCGAGUCAGAUCUCUUCCUUCUCUGUGUGACACUGGAUACUACUCCAUUUGCAUUUUGGCAAAGAGCUGCUGAGUUUAGGUCAUAGAUGGAAUGUGACAGUCCAUGUCAUCUGUGAAGAGGAAAGACUAACCUGAAAGAUCCAGAGAGGGUUCACUAAACUUUGCUCUACAACAGACUAAAUUGGGCAGAGACAAGAGACAGGUACAGUGAAGCGACAAGGAAAGGUGGCAGAUUCACAGGGAGAAAUUUCAAGUCAGCACAGAGAUUGUAUGUCAACAGAACGAGGUCCGGUCUGCCUAGUAGCUGACAUGUCAGGGCUCCACAAGUGGGUGUUUCUGGUUCUGUCUGCCACUCAGUUCAUUCUAGGGAUGCUGGGGAAUGGUUUCAUAGUGUUGGUCAGUGGCAGCAGUUGGUUUAAGAAUAAGGCAAUCUCUUUGUCUGACUUCAUCAUCGCUAACCUGGCUCUCUCCAGGAUCGUUCUGCUGUGGAUUCUCUUGGUUGAUGGUGUUUUAAUUGUGUUCUCUUCCAAAGUGCAUGAUGAAGGGAUAAUAAUGCAAAUUAUUGAUAUUUUCUGGACAUUUACAAACCACCUGAGCAUUUGGCUUGCCACCUGUCUCAGUGUCCUCUACUGCCUGAAAAUUGCCAGUUUCUCUCACCCUACAUUCCUCUGGCUCAAGUGGAGAGUUUCCAGGAUGGUCGUACAGAUGAUCUUGGGUGCGCUGGUCUUAUCGUGCACCAGUGCCCUGUCUCUGAUCCAUGAAUUUAAGAUGUAUUCUAUUCUCGGUGGGAUCGAUGGCACAGGGAAUGUGACUGAGCACUUUAGAAAGAAAAGAAAUGAAUAUAAAUUGAUCCAUGUUCUUGGGACUCUGUGGAACCUGCCUCCUCUGAUUGUGUCUCUGGCCUCCUACUUUCUGCUCAUCGUCUCUUUGGGGAGGCACACGCAGCGGAUGGAGCAAAGCGGCACCAGCUCCGGAGAUCCAAGCACUGAGGCCCACAAGAGGGCCAUCAAAAUCAUCCUCUCCUUCCUCUUUCUCUUCCUGCUUUACUUUCUUGCCUUUUUAAUUACAUCAUCCAGUUAUUUCAUACCAGGAACUGAGAUGGUGAAGAUAAUUGGAGAACUCAUUACCAUGUUUUAUCCUGCUAGCCACUCAUUCAUUCUCAUUCUGGGAAACAGCAAGCUGAAGCAUAUGUUUGUGGGGAUGCUGCGGUGUGAGUCUGGUCAUCUGAAGCCUGGAUCCAAAGGACCUGUUUCCCUGUAGAGUGACAGAGGGCACGGGUGGGAGCCCGGGCGUCCUUCGGCCUGGCUCAAGACUACAGGGCUCUUCCUGACCCUCUUGUGGUUCCGGUGCCGUGACGUCAGUAGCAGAGAAACACUACUGCAUUGCCUUGUCCCCUGGGGGACACAUCUCAUGGCUUCUCUUUGUAUGGUUGUUUUGGAAGAGAGUGAAACAGUCUUUGGCAAAUGUCAGUAUAGUAACGCUCUCACGGUGUAGGCAUGUAUUUUAAAUGCUGUCAACAAAAGGAGCUGAUUACUAGCUUUAGCGUAAAGUUUAUCCUGACAGUGAUGAGCUGAUGUAAAUAACAGUGUAAUGAACUUGAGGGAGGGAGCAAAAGCACUGCAGUUCCACAGACUUGGGUUUGCAUUCUGGUUCUGUCCAUUUCCAAGACCUUUGGCCUUAGGCGAGUUACUUAACCUUUCUGUGUGAUCCCCUCUUACCUCAUUUUAAAAUUCAGACUCACCUACAGGCUGCUAGAGAUUCGUGAGGCAAUGCGUGCCAACAUUUUAGAACAGCGUAUCAUGUGAAGCCCUCAGUGGGUGAGGCCGGUUUGGUAACUGACAGUGAAUCGUGCAGCAAGAGCACUUCCUGGAGAGAUAGUUCCCACAGAUCCAUUGCGUGAGGACAAAAGCAGUGGAGCGAGAAUCAAGACCCUUGGAUAUUAGGCUCCAAACCAGUCUGGUGGUGGUCGUUCUACUUCAAUAGUCCUGGUAUUCCUUUAUCAUUUUGCUAUCAUUUCCCUUUAUCAACUGCCGAGUAAUUUUUUAGUUUUUAGAUUGGGCAAAACUCAAAGCAGUUUGUUUUUUUUCCGCACUAACCAAGGUGCAUGUUAGCUUUUAAAACUUGAGACUUUUAUAAAAAAUAACGGAAGCAGGGGCGCCUGGCUGGCUCAGUUGGCUGAGCGUCUGGUCUUCGGCUCAGGUCACGAUCUCACAGCUCGUGU